CGAGGCCACGUGUGUGCCGCUUUCUCUAGCUCCUCCUCCUCCUCCCUCGCGAUGGGGCCUGCGGGGCGGCAGCUGCUUCUGGGCCUGCGGGGGUUGGCUCGGUUGGGGACGAGGCUGGAAGCAAGCGGGGAUCCCGAGCUGGACCUGGAGAGAACGCUGCGGAGCCAGGCGAAGGCGGUGCGGGAGCAGCGGAUCAAGAGGCAGAUGGAGCCACGGGGACCCCCCCAGCGCACCCUGAGCCGCCAGGCCAUGGAGCAGAUCCGCUUCCUUUCGCGGGAGGCGCCGGAGGAGUGGCCCGUGGAGCGCCUGGCCCGCGGCUUCCAGGUGCCGCCUGACGUCGUCCGCCGCGUCCUCCGCAGCCGCUUCCAUCCCUCGCCUUCGCGCGCCACCAAACAGGAUGCCGUGGUUGCAGCCGCCAUCACCGGGAAGAGCGAGGGGCCCACGCGCAAGGAGCAGCAGAGGGGCAGGGAGGUUUUUGACGCCACGGGGAACUUUCUCUACCGCAUCCCUGAAGCGAGCCCCCCACCCCUGGUGGCCCUUGGUCCCGGGAGAAAGGCCCGUCCCAAGUAGCCCUUGGGGAUGAAAAGCAGGGACAGGCGUGGGACGGAACCGGAAGCUGGGCCAGUAAAUGCACAAAGUGUGAUCAUGGCAGAACGGUUGUACUCCAAGGCUGGGAAGCAGCUCUCCACUUACCACACUCAGUGCAGGGUAAAAUAGGAAAGCAGUUUAUUGAAGAAUGUAUAUAAAAAGCAGAAAAGCAAAACAGAAUAAAAACCAACGUCAAAAUGUCAGAGGUAGUCCAUAGAAUUCAAAUUACAGUAGAGGCUAUUAAACAUCAAAUUACGUUAUGAUUUUACAAAUUAAGCACCAAAACAUCAUGUUUUACAACAAAUUGACAGAAAAGGCAGUUCAGUACAUGUAAUAAUAAUAGUAAUAAUAAAACUUUAUUUAUACCCCGCCACCAUCUCCCCGUGGGGACUCGGGGCGGCUUACAUGGGGCAGAGGCCCAAACAACGUAAAGACAAAAUAUAAGCAACAUAAUACAAGUCACAAUAUAAAAAAAAUAAAACAGUAAUUCUCUCUCUCUCUCUCUCUCUCUCUUGUCCCCACCAAAUGCAGUUGUGAGGAGGGUGGAAGAGAGGAGGGCCUCCCCGGAAGAUCUCAGAGAGCGCAUAGGUUCAUAGGGAACGACGUAGUCACAAAGAUAGGCAGGUCCCGAACCGUUUAGAGCUUUAGAGGUAAUAACCUGCACCUUGAACUGGGCCCAGAACAUUAUCAGCAGCCAGUGGAGCUGCUUGAACGGGGGUUGACCACUUCCUGUGAGCAACUCCGGUUAGUAACCUAGCUGCCGACUGUUGUACCAACUGUAGUUUCUGGACCGUCUUCAAGGGCAGCCCCAUGUAGAUUGCAGUACAUGCUGCCACGUAGAGUUCAGUACAUGCUGCCCAUCCGGUGCUGAAGCAUAACUACUGCACCUGCUUCCCCAACCAUGUCUCGGACUGCCCGUUUCAAAAUCCUGGGCUUUGACAUCCUCCUCGACAGGAAGCUCAUGUUAAUGUGGGAUUUGUGUAUUGAUAGUGUUUACAUGCAAUUUGUGCCAUGCUUGUAUUGCAACUGAUUGCAUCAUCCAGAAUGUACCAUAAUGUGGAAAGAGUUAAUUGCCAAGAAGCUAUGAUGACCUUGAUGUGUGGCUGGAACUAGGGAGUAUCCAGACACAAGUGUUUGUGCAUAACGAUUGCAUCAGUUCAGUUCAGUUGAGUUCUGUCUGCCUAGAGUUCGAGUCAAGUUCUGUUGGAGAACACAACAGUCCCGUGUUCGUCUGUCAUCUGCAAGUCUGUUUGUGUUGAUUAUUGCUGCCUACAGUAAAACUUUGUAAAUAGUUUUA